AUGACAACAUUGAAAGCAGGGGUUUUAUUGAAGCUAAUUAAUGGUAUGACUUCAGGAACGAAACCAACAAAUGAACACAGAAGUUCACUUUUACAAGUUAUUGAUAUUGUCCCAAUUGAUCUUGAUGACAAAGAUUUGUGGCCGAAACACGGGUUUUACGUUAAGCUUUCGGAUUCUUCUCAUUCGGUUUACGUUACUUUGCCUUUUGAAAAAGAUGAUCUUGUUUUGAGUAAUAAGUUGCAACUUGGUCAGUUUGUUUAUGUUGAAAAAUUGGACCCCGGGUUGCCUGUUCCGGUUGUUAGAGGUGUCAAACCGAUCCCUGGGAGACAUCCGUUCGUUGGAACGCCUGAACCGUUAUUAGGGUUUGGAGAAAAAAGUGAUGAAAAGGGGAAUUUGGGUUCUGAUCGUGGUUCGAAUUUGAGUUCAAGAUUGGCUUCUCCAAGAAGGGGUUCUUGGGUUACAGGGCUAAAAGGAGAGGAUAGUGUUUGUGGAUCAGGAUCACCUAAGGUUUUGAAACCGAGCCGGUUGGAGGUUGAUCCUGUGAAAAUUAGGGGCUCGGUGAAUAUGAAAACUAGCUCGAAUAUCUUGGCUUCUAGAAGAAAUUCAAGGGUUUUAGGACAAAAGGGAGAUCAGGCAGUUUGUGCACCACCUAUGGCAUUAAAACAAAGCCCUUUGAAGUUUAAUCAAUGUACACCAGUAAAAGAUCGGUCUUCGAUGAUUGGCGUUAUAUCAGAUGAGAAGAGAAGCUCUAACAGAAAGGCGUCACUGUCUAAAGUGAUGGAUACUCCUGUGGCUGUGAAGAAAAGCUCUGUUACAUCUCCUAUGGUGAAUAUUCCAAAGAGCAAGAGCCGAAUAUUUGACAAUGGUGUGAAGACUGUAACUACCCUUAACUCAGCUGGAAAGAAAAGUGUCACGCCACCAAGUUCAAGGAGUACACGAGCAGCGUCUUAUCCCAAAUCUUGUGUAGAAGUGAAGGAGUGCCCGAGCACAGAACUUAUCUCACAAGUAGAGUCCCCGUAUGAUGAUUCAUCUUUCAAAAUCGGCUUAUCAUUUAAUUUGCCACAAAAGCUUAGCUUACUGGGAAAGGAAGCUGUCCUACAACAAGAAAGAGCUCAGAAAGUUGCCCUUCAAGCACUUAGAAAUGCCUCAGCCACUGAAACUCUUGUUUGGUCUCUCAAGGCUUUAUCUAAUUUGACUAAGUCAGCUAACCCUGAGGAUCCAACAGACUGUUUUGAUCAGUUUCUCGACUUCCAUAAGCAAAUUGUUGAAGCCAUAACUGACAUGAUAUCGAUUAAAGCAGCCACUGAAAUGAUUGACAAAGAAGAAAACACCCAAAUCUUGCAUGAAAUCAUGAACAAUGAUCCUAACUCCAACAACAAAUCCAAAAGAAAAUCCACAUUGCACAAAGCCAUUGCUGCAUUUCCGGGAAGAAGUCAUCAAAAGUCAACAAACUUGGGAAAAUCACGAUCAUCGAUAGUUGACCAAAAGGUUAAACUGGAAUCAUGUUACAAGAACGAAAACAAGAAUAAUGAUACUAUCAAACUUGGGAAACAGAUUGAGAUAGAGGCUGGAAAUUGGUUCAUGGAGUUCUUGGAGAAAGCAUUGGAAAAGGGUAUGAAAAAAACAAAGUUGAAAACAAAGAAAGUUCCUGAAUUUCUCAUAAUGAAAGUUUUAAAUUGGGUUGAAGUUGAACAAUGUGAUUCUAGUAAAAGACCAGUGCAUCCUAGAGCAAUAGAAAUUUCCAGGAAGUUGAGGAUUAAGGUAAAGAGCACUUGAAUACAUAUGUGUUGAUUGAUCGUGUCGAAUGCUUUUUUAAACAAAUAAGAAACAUGGGAUUGGUUUGUACAGAGUGGCAUUAUUACAGUAUAGGCAAAAGUUUACUUGUUGAUUAUACAUGUUUUGUAGUUUUUGGUCAGUGUGACAGUUUUGAUUCA